AUGAAAAAGGAAAGUCCUGAGAAAGGAUAUAGUGUGGAUACAGUGUUGGUGAGGGUGAAAGGCGAAGUGAGGGUGCAAUCACCCGGUUUUUGUCAGCGCAAAGGUCGCCUAAUCAGUAUGUUCAUUUGUUGCAUGGGCACGCCGGCUGUCACUCGCACACAUUCCCGAGCGGCACACGAGAGAGCUGGUGCAGUAUGUAUAAGGAAAGAAAAUAAAUGCGAAAUGGACAAAGACAUAAACGAAAAGAUCACUGCCAAAUCGGUUAUCUUUUAA